CCGUCAGCACAAUGUUGGUGAGGAGAGGGCCGAGCGUUUUGUGCGGAGCUGCUUUUUGCCCUGGGAUUAAUUUGUGGAAUGUUGCGGUGGAGAUGGCCGGGGAGAUUCCUGGCAAGCAGAAUCUGAAGAAGAGCUGGCACCCCCAGACCUUGCGCAAUGUGGAGAAAGUGUGGAAAGCCGAGCAGAAGCAUGAAGCCGAGCGGAAGAAGAUCGAGGAGCUGCAGCGGGAGCUGCAGGAGGAGCGAGCGCGUGAGGAGAUGCAGCGAUACGCUGAGGACAUGGGCACCGUCAGGAAAAGAGAAGAGAAGUUGGAGUGGAUGUACCAGGGUCCUGGCGGCAUGGUGAACAGAGAGGAGUAUCUUAUGGGCCGCCCUGUGGACAAAUACGUCUUUGAGAAAGCAGAAGACAAGGAUGCAGGCUGUUCCAAUGAGACAGGACUUCUGCCAGGCUCCAUUUUUGCCAAGACGGGUGCCAAUUCUGUCCUAGAUAUGGCAAACAAAAUCCGGGAGGAUCCACUUUUCAUGAUAAGAAAGAAGGAAGAGGAAAAGAAAAGAGAAGUUUUGAAUAAUCCUGUUAAAAUGAAGAAAAUCAAAGAAUUGCUGCAAAACAGUUUAGAUAAAAAGGAGAAAAAGAAAAAGAAAGAGAAGAAGAAGAAGCACAAGAAACAUCGACAUCGCAGCUCUAGCAGUGAAAGUGACAGCAGCGAUGAGGAGCGAAGCAAAAAUAAGUCUCAGAAGAGGGUAAACAGUUCAUCCUGGAAACCUGCUCCUUCCAAAGUCCCAGGAUAUGGAUUACAAGUUAGAAACUCUGACCAGAGCCACAGGUCUCGGAGCUCUCCAGCUGCCGGCCAGGAGAGGGCCUCCCACAAGCACCGGCAUCGCUCCCGGUCCAGGAGCCAGUCCCGCUCUCCUCAGAGACGCUCUAGCAAGAAGAAUUCAGAACAAUCUGGAUGCAGGGGGUCGAGAUCUCCUUCUAGACACAGUAAACAACAUAGCAAUCGGGAGGAGAAAGGGAGAGCUAGAAGCCCUUCCCCCAAAAAGAGCUAUCGACGACAGCAUACUGCAGGUUACACAAGAAAGAUCUCUCCAGAGGAACUGGAGCGUAAACGCCAGGAAAUGAUGGAAAAUGCCAAGUGGCGGGAAGAGGAGAGAGCAAACAACCUCAGGAAACACCGAAAAGAGGAGGAGCUGGAGCGAGAACUGGAGAAACUUGACUCCCGAGAUGGGAAGUUCUUCAAUCGUUUAAAACUAGAGAGCGCAUCUACUUCCACCCUCGAAGAUCGGGUGAAACGCAACAUCCACUCCCUUCAGAGAACUCCCGCUGCCUUGGAAAAAAACUUCAUGCAGAGAUGAAACUCGUUCUUCCCCUGCUCCUGUGCGGAAGUUAAAUGGACACUCAUUCCCGAAGGUGAGAAACCUCCAGCGCAGACUCGCUGCUCUUACAGGACCAGUUGCCAUCUCCCAAGGAGGCGCUGGAUUUCUGUGCUGCGGCCCACGGCGUGUUCUGGACUUCUGGCGGCAUGAAUACGUUUGUAACGAGUGUGCCCUUGCAAGCAAACCUGUGCUGGAGAACUUGUGAGCCCUUGUAUUCUAUUUUUAAUGUAUUGCCAGAUCUUUUCCUUCUCUCUCCCCACCUUGACUGGUAUCGUUUUUGUAUAUUAACCAGAUGAUGCCAGGUGGUAGCUGCUUUCUACGCUGGGCAGAUUGUCCGAGCUCUUUAUACGACAGAGCAAAAGACCUAUUUUUGUUAAUCCUUAAAAAUCGGAGCAGAACAAAGUCACAUGUGAGUUAAUUUCAUAGGAUUCGAUAGAGCUGCACGAGUGGCAGACAGAGCCCUGCUCCAUACUGUCACCGCUUCAGGUGCGGGCUCGGAGCGUGAGGUCAGACAAGCCUGCAAAGUGUCUGUAGCCGUUAUUUAAUUGCUCACAGAUCUGUGGUGUUUGACCCAAAGGGAGCUGCUUCCAAGGGAGAGGAAAUGAGCGAGAGCAUAGCUGACGCAGCAGGUGUUUCUCUGGGAUUUUGUAAUGUAAGUAAUGUGUAUAUGUACAGCAGU